AAGAAUUAACGGCGGCGGCAAAAUGUCUGAGAAGAACCAAAUCCCCGAUAAAAAUAACAACAGCGCCGCUUCUUCUCCGUCGGGGAAGAAACCGGCGCCUGAGAUCGGAUCCGGAUCGAGCUACACGGGACAGAGGAUGACGUAUCCGAACCGGCCAGAGACGGUGAAUCCGGAUCAGGCGACGCUGAGGGAGCAGUGGAAGUUCGCGAUGAGGCAGUACAGCAAGUGGUACUCGCACGCCUGGGGAACCGCGAUACUCGCCGGGGGAGUCUUCUUCGGGCUCGGUUGGAUCAUCAAAGGCUCUAACCCUCUUCCUUCUCUCCAAUCGAGUUCCAAGUCUCCUAAACCCGAUGAUUCCGAAGAAAAAUGAUCUCCAGAUGGGAAAAAGAACACCGUGAGACAGAGAGAUGGUGCAUCAACAAUGGCACAUCUACAUUUCAGGGAUCAUCGAUCGUUAGAAGCAGAGAGAGAAUGAGAGGGAGGGAAGCACAGAGGAAGAGAUUGUAGAGUAUCAACUUAACAAAAAUAAAAAAAAACUUGAGUGUGAACUUUGUUUGUCUGAUAAUUCCAAGAAUGUAUCAUGUAUGUAUACAAUGCAAGAAAUUAGUGAAAAUGUUGAUGUUGGAAUAAAUAAAAAUACAAGAAAGAAAUAGAAGACGAAGUGUA